AUGAAAAAACAGCUUUCCUCGCGGUGCCAAGCCGGUGACAUCUCAAAGACCCGCGCGUGCGCUGAGCACGGAGAUCUUAAGCCUGGUUGCUCCUCAGAAAUGACCAAACCCUCAUCUUCACGCUCAAAGAGAAAACCUUCAUUUGUGACCAAGCACACUGUCGUUGAUGAAUCGGAAUGUGCUAACGAGAGUGGAGGAGAACGCGCCACAGAUGACAGCAUGCAGAGCAGUCUGGAUAUCAGCAAGCUGCCACAAGGCACAGUGGUGGUCAAGCCAGAACCGGUUGCUAACGAAGCUAAAGAUGAAUUCCGCGGUCCGGAGUUCCGUAACAGAGGAAGUAAAGUGAAAGAGGAAGGCACUCGGAAACGUCCCGACGAGCAGCUCCAGGAGAUUUUUAAUUGCACAGCAUGUGGACAGCAAGUCAAUCAUUUUCAGAAGGAUUCGAUCUUUCAGCAUCCUGCACUACAUGUUCUUAUCUGCAAGUCAUGUUUCAGAUAUUAUAUGAGUGACGAUAUCAACAAGGAUGAAGAAGGAAUGGAUGAGCAAUGCAGGUGGUGUGCAGAGGGUGGUAAUCUGAUUUGCUGUGACUACUGCAGCAAUGCCUUCUGCAAAAAAUGCAUUUUGAGGAACCUUGGACGAAAAGAGCUGUCUGAAAUCAUGAAUGAAGAAAGCAAAUGGCACUGCUUUGUGUGCUGCCCAGAGCCGCUGCAAGACUUUGUUAAAGCCUGUGAGAAGGUUUUGCUCAAUCUGGAAUCAUCUUGCAGAAAGCCCAAAGGAGACGGUGUCAAGACGAAGCGUGAAGAUCGUAAACACAAGCAUAGCAAACGAGAAAAAACUGCUGUAAAUGGACAGGAUUAUCCCUCUGACGGAGCGGGGACGUUAUCCUUUUCCUGUAAGACGUUGACGGUUCCGAAAGAGCUCGUCAAGAAGACCAAAAGACUAAUCGAGACCACAAACGGUUUGAAUCGUACUUUUGUACAAUUCCUCCAGCACACGUCAAAAGGCCGUGAAGGUAGUGCGGUAAGUAAUAGACACUUAAAGGCCUUCAAAUCGGUUUUGGCUGAUCUGAAAAAGGCCCACGUGGCUCUGGAGGAAUCACUUGAAAAAGAAUUUGAAUCGAAAAGCCUCAAGUUUCAAAACGGAGAGGAGCAAAGACACAGUCAAACUGCAGAUCAUACCAGUGUUAACUCACACCACGCUGACCCUGCUCCUGUCACAGAAGAUGGUUUGGAUUGCACCGCCAAGGACCAAGAUGAAACCGAACAGGAAAGUAACUCAGCUGAUGUUGAAAUGAAGGAGAGCCUUCCACCCUCUCCAGAAAAAACUCGGGACCAGUCUGAAAAAAGUGAAGCUAAAGAGGAUGAAAUGGCAGAUAACCCUGACUUUGAGGAAAACUCCGUGCCAGCAGGUGAAGCGUCUCUUGAUAAAGACAUCGUGUCUAUUCCACUGUCUGUCCCGGAGGAACUCUUUGAGAUGGUCGAGAGUCUUGCGGUAAAGAAAGAAGACCGUGACGAUAGCAACUCGACUGGUUCCAGUGAUUGGAAAUCAACGUCCAACGCUGAGGUUGUGAAAUCCAAUAAGAGCCUUACAAAACUGGGUAGAAAACUUGUUGUCAAACUAACACCUGUUCCUCUUAAAAUUACCAUAAAACGAGAUAAGAGCAAAGAACAGUCGCCUUCAGAAGACAUGGAUUGUGACACAUUGCCAAAGGAGGCUCAAGAUAGCAGACGCUCCCCCAGGAUGAAGACCACACCCCUACGCAAGUCACCGGAGGUGAAGAGCAAACGCAAACCGAGGUCGUCAACGGCUAAAGAAGAGCGCAGUGACGCAGUCAAGGAGCAGUGUGAUUCAGACUCGGAUGAAGUCCCUGAGGUCCUGCAGACAGCUGCCUUGAAGGCCAGCUCUAAUGAGAGCGAACCCGAGAAUGCUUCUGGAAAAGGUACCAAGAAGAAGAAGGUAGCUUCCCGCUCUGCUGAGAAAGCAAAAGCGAAGCCAAAGCGUAAACUCGAUAUGGCCUCCUCAGAUUCAGAACGGUCAUCAACAGCAAAGAAAAGGAGCACCAAAAAAAAGAAGGGCAGAGAAUCGGACUCCUCAAACCACAACUCUGAUCUUGAGAAACAGAUGAAAAGCCUGUCCAAGGUCGGCAGUGGGAAAAAAACAUCCAAAGGUGUCAAAAAGGAAGAGAAUGAAUCCAGUAAAGAUGGCAAGAAAGGCCCUAAACGGUCAUUUGAGAGGAAACGAAGGUCACAGAAAGAAAAGCCUAAAACCAAGGAAGAGUUUUCCUCCAGUGAUGAAGAGCAGGAGGAGGAGGAGGAGCAGCAGGCCGCUAACUCAGAGGAAGACAGCGAUCAGCAGAAGAUUAAACCAAUACUUGAGUCUGUGAUGGCUAGUAUUGAUGGUUUCCAUCAGUCAUCAGGUGAUGAAAUUGAAUUGAAGGCUGAAUCCUCCCAGGUGCUGGAUGAUGACGAUGAUCCAGAGAAUAGAAUUGCCAAGAGGAUGCUUCUGGCACAGAUCAAAGCCAACUAUUCCUCUGGAGCUGACAGUUCAUCUGAUGAUGAAAACGCAGACAAAGAGGACGGGGAUUCACCAAAGAAAGGAAAAGAUGAUGCUAAGAAGCAAGACGAAAGUGAGGAAGAGGAUGAAACUUCAGACUCGUGCUCGGAUGUGGACGUGAAGAAAGGUGGACGCAGGCACCGUUUGUUGAGGAAGAAGUUGACUCUAAGCGAGGGAGACUCUGAUGACGAGACCCCAGUUAAAAAAAAGAAAGAAACCAAAAAGAGAAGCAGGCGGAAAGUGGGCAGCGAUGAUUCGGCAGACUCUGACUUCGAGCACUCGCGCUCGGGCUCCAGUGAUGCAUCAGCACUCAGUGAGGACGUGAGUGAAGACGACGAUGAAGACAAGAGCAGUAAACGCAAAACACGGGUGGUGACGUUUCUCCACACUGUGCUGCUGUGCGAGAAGAUGAACUUCAGCACAGCUCUGGUGGUGUGUCCUCUCAACACUGUGCUCAACUGGCUCAAUGAGUUUGAAAAGUGGCAAGUAGGCCUGAAGGAUGAGGAGAGUUUAGAGGUGACAGAGCUGGCCACAGUGAAGAGACCUCAGGAGAGAGCGUACGCUUUACAGCGCUGGCAGGAGGAUGGCGGCGUUAUGAUUAUAGGCUAUGAGAUGUACCGCAACCUCACGCAAGGACGAAACAUCAAGAGCAAGAAGCUGAAAGAAGUCUUUCAGAAAACUCUAGUUGAUCCAGGUCCAGAUUUUGUCAUCUGUGAUGAGGGUCACGUGCUGAAGAACGAAGCGUCUGCUGUCUCCAAAGCCAUGAACUCCAUCACGACUCGUCGGCGAGUGGUGCUGACAGGAACGCCACUGCAGAACAACCUGAUAGAGUAUCACUGUAUGGUGAACUUCAUCAAGGAGAAUCUGCUGGGAUCAGUGAAAGAGUUCAGAAACCGCUUCAUCAACCCCAUCCAGAACGGCCAGUGCGCAGACUCCACGUUCGUUGAUGUCCGAGUCAUGAAGAAGCGUGCACACAUCCUCUACGAGAUGCUGGCAGGAUGCGUCCAAAGAAGAGACUACACUGCCCUUACAAAAUUCCUGCCACCAAAACACGAGUAUGUGUUAGCGGUACGGUUAUCACCCAUUCAGUGCAAGCUUUACCGAUACUAUCUGGAUCACUUUACAGGUGUCGGUUCUGCCUUGGAGAGUGGAAGAGGCCGCGCUGGGACCAAACUCUUCCAGGAUUUCCAGAUGCUCAGCAGAAUCUGGACCCAUCCGUGGUGCCUCCAGCUGGACUAUAUCAGUAAAGAAAACAAGGGAUACUUCGACGAGGACAGUAUGGAGGAGUUCAUAGCCUCAGAGACCGAGGAGUCCUCCAUGAGUUUGACCUCUGAAGAUGAGAAGCCCAAAAGAAAGAAGAAACGAGGCAAAGGGAAAGAGCAGAGCUCAGACAAGUCCGACAGCGAUGACCUGGAAGUGAUUAAGGAGUGGAACACCAGCUCUCGUGGAGGAAACCCUGAGGGGCGCAACAGAGCAGAGCCUGUGGAAGAGGUUCGGCCGUCAAACUCAGGUCCUGGCAGCCCAUCCCCUGACUGGUACAAAGAGUUUGUGACCGAGACAGAUUCUGAGGUGCUGGAGCAUUCUGGGAAAAUUGUGCUGCUUUUUGAGAUCCUCCGCAUGGCUGAAGAAUUGGAAGAAAAAGUGUUGGUGUUCAGCCAGUCUCUCAUUUCUCUGGACCUCAUUGAAGAUUUCCUGGAGUUGGCAGGCAGAGCCAAAGAGGAAGGCAAGCUUUCGCCGUACAAAGGUGAGGGCAAGUGGUUCAGAAACAUUGACUACUAUCGUCUAGAUGGUUCAACGAGCGCCAUGACCAGGAAGAAAUGGGCAGAGGAGUUCAAUGACACCAGUAAUGUUCGGGGGCGAUUGUUCAUCAUCUCAACCAGAGCUGGCUCUCUUGGGAUCAACUUGGUAGCUGCAAACAGGGUCAUAAUUUUCGACGCCUCAUGGAACCCAUCCUACGACAUUCAGAGUAUAUUCAGAGUCUAUCGCUUUGGCCAAGUGAAGACCGUGUUUGUCUACAGGUUUUUAGCUCAGGGAACCAUGGAGGAGAAGAUCUAUGACCGGCAGAUCGCCAAACAGUCGCUGUCCUUCAGAGUUGUGGACCAGCAGCAGAUUGAGCGUCACUUUACCAUGAACGAAUUGACAGAGCUGUACGCGUUUGAGCCCGACCAGCUGGACGAUCCUUCAGAGAAGAAGAGCAAGCGGGCCACACCCAUGCUGCCCAAGGAUCCUUUCCUGGCAGAACUCCUUCACAGUUACAAAGAUCAUAUCGUCGGCUACCACGAGCAUGACUCUUUGCUGGACCACAAGGAGGAAGAGGCACUGAGUGAGGAAGAUCGCAAGGCAGCCUGGGCCGAAUAUGAAGCCGAAAAGAAGGGUCUGUCCAUGCAUUUCAACCAGCCGUCCUACUCUCAAAUGGCCGUGGGAGCAGGAGCAAACUCUUACUUCCCCUUCAACAUGGCUGCCUUGGCCUCCAUGAGCAACCAACAGUUAGAGGAUUUGAUUUACCAGGGCAGGCAGAAAGUGAUGGAAGCCGCUAACGCUCUGAAGUCAGUGCCCAGGGAACCAAUGGAGGACAUCAUCGCACAAGUGUGGAAGGAGAAUCCGAGUUUACCCGAGGCCCAGGUUCAAUCCAUGGCUCUUGGGAGGCAGGCCGGCUACGAGCUGGAAAUCAAACACAGGGAGGAUGUUUACCGUGAUGUCCUCGGCAAGCAACAAACUCUGAUGAUGUACGUGCAGAAGGUGAUCGCCAACCGUAAGUUGCAGGAGCAGCAGCUGGCCAUGGCGAGGCAGGGUCUGCUGCUCAAUCAGCUGGCCAUGCAGAACGGUCUUGGGGCCCCUAUGAAUCAGAUGGAUCUGCUGGGGUUGUACCAGCAGCUCGGGGCGCUCCAGGGCGUCCCUUCCGCACAGCUGGGCAAGAACCCGGGCCCGUCUAAGGGCCUGUAGAUGCCUCCGCCCCUCAGUGUACACACAGCUGGACUGAUACAGCCAGGACACCUACUUGAGCUCCUCAGUAAUGAGAGGGGAUCCUGGGACUUUGUUAAAGGGGUUUUUGGCAGUGCAGUUUGUCAUUUUGUGUGUAUAUAGCCUUAAUGUAGUUCAAGUUCUUUUUUUCCCCCUCUCUCACGUAUUUAAGAUUGAAGAAGAUAUUAUCCCCAAAUGCUUUUAGGCAUUGCAGGUUUCUUUCCCCUUAAAUAAGGGACGUGCAUAUAUAAAUAAUUAUAUUGCAAUGAAAACAGCGUGAUUGAGGAGGGACCAUAGCGUUUUUGUUCUAAAGCCCCCGUAAAUACUAUCUGCGCUAAUAUCUUCCUAGUAGUGGAUUGUCAUUGGUACUUUGCCAGUACUCUAGCCAGUGCUCCAGAGACACUGCAGCGGACACCUUAAAUGUAUCGUCAAGUCAAAUGGCCUUAUAUCAAGCAGCUAGAUCUCUUCUAAUGUUUUAAAACCCCUUUUUCUAAUCUGCUUUUAGGUAUUUAAACUCGUUGUUGCUUAUCAUGCUAUGGAAUGUCUGUGUUGUUAAAACUGCUUGCUGAUUUCCUCCGGACUUUUGUAACAUCAGACUUCUUGUUGUAGUGUUGCCUAGCACAUUGUUGUGAGUACUGUUCAUCAUUUCUUUUUCUGUUUAUUUUCCCCACUUGCAUUGGGAUUGCGCCUGAGUUGGCGUGUGGCG